AUGCCGUCCGCUAUUGACACCGAUGCUAUUUCGGCUCAGCUGUUGCUGAGUGGGCUGAAUAAAAGCUAUUCAGGCUCGGCCAGGAAGCCUUUGAUUCAUCCCCGUGCCGAUGAGACCUGCCGAGAAAAUGAUGACUAUUUUCUGCAACACUGGCCCUUUCCUUCAGAGAAGAGUCGAGAGACCUUUGUCAAGGCUGGCUUCGGCCGAGUCACUUGCCUCUACUUCCCGCUGGCGCGCGAUGACCGUAUUAUCUUUGCGUGUAAGCUGUUAACGAUCCUGUUUCUCAUUGAUGAUAUACUGGAAGAUAUGUCCUUGGCGGACGGAGAGGCGUACAAUACCCAUCUGAUGCCCCUCAUGUGUGGUGACGUGCUACCAAACCGCGACAUCCCCGUCGAGUUUCUCAUGUACAACCUUUGGGAGGAGAUGCGUGCUGCGAGCCCGAUCCUAGCGGAUGGUAUCCUCGAGCCCACCUUCACCUUCAUGCGCGCGCAGACAGACAAGACCCGUCUCUCGAUCAAGGAACUAGGUCACUACCUCGUCUAUCGGGGGCGGGAUGUAGGGAAGGCUCUCCUGUCGGCGCUCAUGCGAUUCACCAUGGACCUCGAGCUGACACCCGAGGGAGCAAGCGGCGAUGAAGUGCGCGCGUCGCAGUUGGGUCACAAAGAAGGAUCUGCUCUUUGCUCGGGUGUCAAGGUGCUGGCUGAAGCAACUAAUCUAGACAUCGCCGCGACGAAGCGGCUACUCCAAGCCAUGGUUGAAGAGUGGAAUCAGGUUCACGAUCGGCUCACAGCGGAACAACUCGCGGCUGGAUGUCGUCCAGCCGUCAAGCUCUACAUGAAGGGGCUAGAAUAUCAGAUGAGCGGCAAUGAGCUGUGGAGUCGGACGACCCUGCGCUAUGUUGGCCGAGAGGCAGCCGCUAGCUCGUAG